AUGCUGUUCGAGCUCAGGAAAGAUCCGAUGAUUAAGAGCUCGGCGUUCAGGGAGCUUGUUGCCAAAUCCCUGGGCAGCGAGGCUAACGUGAGAGCCUUGUCACAGGAGACGGUGAUUGAAAUCAAGGAUCUGGACGAGGUCACUACCGAAGAAGAUCUGAAGCGCGCACUGACUGCGCAGUGCAACGUCGAAGGGCCGAUGGUGAUUCGGAUAAGGAAGUCGUAUGGAGGCACCCAGACGGCGACAAUCCGAUUGCCGGCGGAUGCUGCCAACAAGCUGCUGGUGAAUGACAAGGUCAAAGUUGGAUGGGCGGUGUGCUCGCUGCGACUGGCUCCCCGUUUGACCAAGCAAAUGGAGAGAUGUUACAGGUGCACGGAGUUUGGUCACCACUCGAGGAACUGCAAGGGUCCGGACAGGUCCGAACGGUGCUGGAGAUGCGGUGGAAACGGACACGUUGCUCGGGACUGCACAAAGCAACCCAGGUGCAUGCUGUGCAAGCCGGAGGACGGAAAUGAUCAUCCGACUGGAGGCUUUAAGUGCCCGGCCUACAAAAAGGCGAGGACAGGCCAACAAUGAUGCAGAUAA